AUGGCGCUCGAAAAAGAGCUGCUACGCGUCUUGCAGCCUCUUGCGUUACGAUCUAUACCCGAGAACGCCAUCUCACGUGUAUUCGAUACAGGUGGUACUGCUUCAGUACGUGAAAAAUGGGCUGAAAACGUCUCAAAACGGCAGCUGCAAGCCGUCGAUCGUGUGUUCAUCAAGUAUCUGCUACUUCAGGAGGUCGCAAGUCGUCGUAAGGACGCUACAGACGCGCAAUUGGUGCAUUUUUGGCAUCUCUUUGCGUCCCAGGACACUAUUGAUGCUAUAUUGCAAUCGGAUCAAGACGUAGAGAACCACGACGCCGUGUAUCGGUCGUUUCUUACGUUUUUACAGUCCAUUAUUAAUGUCCGUGACGUUUACGCAAGUUUAAACAACGUGAAAAAACAAAACGCUCUAGUAAAAGCGUUAUUAGCUGCUAAAAUCUAUAUGGCAUGGCUACAAAUACCUGGAGGAUCAGCAUAUGGGAUUUUCAUGUCGUACGUGUAUCGUCAAGUUCUGGAUACGUUGAAGAAAUGGAUUGGUCUUGUGGCUGUUAAAGAGCAGAGAAAUAAUGCUACAAUACAAGAGAAAAGACGAGAGAGACAAGGAAGACGGAAAGUGGUGAGAAAAGAGCAGAGCAGUGAGGAAGAGAGUGAGGAAGAGGAUCCUGUUACGUACCAAAUGAUGACGACACUUGGGUUGGAAUUAUUGGAGAUGGUGGUGACAUUUUUAGGCAUUUUUUCACUCUCAGCUAGUCAAGAGUCUAUUGUACCGACUAUUGAGAUGGUAAUUGCAUUGCAGACAGCAGUACCACCGGAUAAUGAAGACACGGCAUUGGCUAUGACGAAGAAAACAGUGCAAGUACUGGAAACAUUGAUGAGUGGUACACAUGGUGAGCCAUUGCAGAUUGGCAGAGUGAUUCUGCAUUGCUACAUUCCUGGCGUGACGUUGCAGGAUACAGUGGCAAAGGAAACAAGGUCGUCGUUACGCUUUCAUAGACUUGCUAUUGAUGUUAUUAUGAGGAUCCAGCACAUUACAGGAAAAACAUGUGAAGAGGACGACGCCGAGGGCUCUGCACGUCGGGAAUACUCGUUGAUGUUGCUGGGUUUGAUGCAGAAUAUUUGUCUACAGGCACCAGGUCUAGCGGAUGAACGGCAACGUGUCCUCUCGUACGUCUUCUCGACUGUUAUGGCUGGACGGCGGGAGAGCGAGUACGAAGAGCAGGUUAAACCAAGUGAGUUCCGAGACGAAGAGUGCGUAAGAUUUGCACGAUUCCUGGCUAGUUAUUCUCGCAAUGCUAAGCUGAAGUAUCGCCAGUUUGCGGUAGAACUUCUUAGCCGCUUCGUGGUAGAAGCUAGGUUCUGGAAGAUCAAGAAAAACGAACUUCCCGAAUCGUUAGUCGCGUACUCGGGUGUAGGUCCGCUCUUGGAGGUCCUGAUUGAUCGUGCUCGCGACAAGAUGUCCCAAGUUCGUACAAAGGCAAUUAGUGGAAUUUCGACCAUGCUUACCUUAGGUUUAUCAAAUCUGGCUAAUAACGAAAACGAAGACAAUGAUGAACAAAUGAAUGAGGGCUGCGGAUCGGAAGCGAUUUCAAGCUCACUGCAAAAGCUGUUGUACGAGCCAUCGAUUGAUACUCAAGGAUUGACGACACUUGCAGAAACACCACUGAUGCAGCGACUUAUUGACCUCUUCCGUGAGCGGCUCUUGGACGACAAGACAUUCGUGCGCAGAGCUGCGGUGCACGCUCUGGAAGCACUUUUGACGGCGCACUCAGGCAAUACUGUUCAUGCUUCUUCUCGAAAAGACCUGUUUGAUAUCCACGCGCGCUGUACGGAUUCCUCGGUUGUUGUUCGCGUGCAGUCGAUAAAGUCGCUGUCAGCGAUCUUGCUUAAAUUUCCAUGCGAUGAAGAGGCCCAGAAGCUAUGGAAUCUUGGGGUUCUUCCGCUUUGUGUUGAUCCGGAGACAACUGUGCAAACUUGUGCACUUGAAGCGGCUGGAAAGGUUGUGUUUGAGCGAGUUUUGAUGUGGUAUGAUACACGCCGUAGUAAGAGCCAGCGCGAGAGUCUUGACAACGUCUGGAUGCAGGUGUCGCAUCUUGAUGGUGUCAUGGCUCGCUGUUUGCAAAAGGCAAUGCGCAUGCUAAUCAAGAGCGAAAAAAUCGAUGUCGACAAAAUUAUCAAAGCAUGUGUGUAUGCCAUUGAUGAAAGCGUGAAUCCGUACAGCUCCGGAGAAGAGGUGCAAGAAGAGGUAGAGGAUGAUGCUGCUCGCCGACUUUUAACUCGCUACUGGGGUUUUAGCUGGAUUGUACUGGAGGAACUUGCGCACUCGGGUAAUCUUAUUGAGGCUGUCAGGGGAAAACAACAAAAUUUAAGCAUCGUCGUCGAGUGCUGGAACAAGUUGCAGGACCAAGCACUGCCAGUGGAGUUCAACGAUGGAUCAAAGCGCAUUUUGCGUGUGAUUGCCGCGAUUUCAACUUUUAUUGAUGCACAAGAUGCCAAGUCGAUUGCGGAUGGCAUUUUGGCCUCGUUGCAUUCGUUUGCCAUCCCGCUAAAUGUCAUCGCCGAUGGGAUUCUUGCCCUAAAUAGCAUUUGCAAAGCCAAGGCUCCUUCUCCCGAGAAGAGUCGCGACAUUAGUUUCGCGUGGGGAAAGAAAAUCCUCAAACUUUGUGAGGUGAACCUUCGCAAAUGCUUUGAAAGUAGCCCGGACGACUUGGAUGAGGAGACGACAUUGUUGCAAAAGCAACUGAUAUCUAUCGGUGAGGUGGCGCUGCUUGAGUUUGAUAAGGAUGCUGACAAAAGCGGCGAGGCGGCACUUUUACCUGUUAGUUCGAGUCUGAAGUCUCUUGUGCAACUCUUUUUGCCACCAAAGUUUGUCCCUAACAGCAUCGCCAUCAGCCUGUCCAUGUCACAAGCUACAGUGCAAAGUGAGGAAGGUGAGACGACGACUUCCGUCAUGUCAGAGCCCGUUAUGCUGCCGACUCCUGUUCGCGUGUGUGCUUUCGUGACGCUCGGUAAGCUGUGCUUGCGUGACAGUGACCUAGCCAAGAAGUGUAUGACCAUGUUCAUUCGCGAGCUGAGAACGUGCGAAGAGCAAGACAUCCGAUCGAAUAUCCUGCUGAUUUUAGGUGAUCUAUGUAUUCGCUACACGUCUCUUGUUGACGCGUACGUUCCUACAAUUGCCUUGUCACUUCUAGACGACAGUCGCUUGUUGCGCCGCAAUGCUCUGCUGCUAUUCUCACAGCUGAUUCUGCAGGACUACAUUAAGUGGCGCGAGUCAUUGCUACGCUUCUUCCUUCGAGCUGCGGUAGAUGAAGAUGAGGAACUGGCAAACCUGGCUCGCCAUGUGCUCUGUGGACCUCUGUUGCAAAAGUCACCACACAUCUUCACGAACAAGUUCAUCGAGAUUAUCUUUGUCUUCAAUGGGGUCCAGGGUGACAAACUUAAGUUCUCGGAGCCUUUUGAGGAGGAAGGCACGCGCGAACUCGCACUGCUGGGCAAUGCGUCCUACCCAAGACGAGCAAAAUUAUACACCUUUUUGUUGGAGCACAUGACGGAUGAGCAAAAAUUGCAGAUUUCCAUGAAACUCUGCAAUGAAGUGCUGGAGGAAGUCAUGGACGGCACGCUUCCGCUGUGCGACAAUCCAUCGCAGAUCACGGACCAUUGCAUCGAGGCAGUUCUCAAGGAUACUUUCGCAAUUCUGUGCUCACCAGAAAUUAAACUUGCAACUUCAAAGGAGGAAGAUGAUGAAGCUGAUAGUGAAGAUGCAGCGAUGGGGACAAACGCAAACGUUGCGUCACAGAUCGCAGCAGCCAAGGGCAAAUUGCUGUCCAAGUUGUCCAAGAAGAAUUUCCUUGAAAAUGUUGUACCGGUGCUCAUCGGACUCAAGCACACUCUGGAAGCGAAGCAUAGCCCCUUGACUCGCUAUUUGCUGCACUACAUUCGCGAAUUGUUCAAGAUGUAUCGUCAGGAAGUGAAAGAUAUUUUUAUGAACACAGAUCCGCAGAUGGCAAUGGAAGUGGAGUACGAUCUGCGUCAGCACGACUUGCAGCAGCAACAGCAACAGAAACAACAAUCGCGCCGCAUGCCCUACGUCUCGAGCGAUGCCCAGACAGCACCGAUGUCUCCACAAGCUACAGCAGUCCCUGCAUCUCGGACACCGCAGGAUGAAUUGCUGGAGGCAAGUAACACAUCCGUGCACCUACGCAGUGACGAGAAGGGCACGCCUGCUGGUCGACGAAAACGUCAGAGCCUUCCUUCAACGCCAACUUCUUCUCGUAGUGGAGUACGACCGCGCAAAGUGUCCAGUGAGGAAGCUCGUCGGCAGACAUCAGAGCAGUCGACGUUGAUAUUUUCUCCCAGCCAGGGUCACUCAGCCAACGGGAACUGGCACGUGACUGCAAAGUCGCCUUCCGUCGACAGACCUCAGAGCCAUGGAAAGACGAGCUUCACACAGAAAGAUCUGGAAAGCCGCAUGAAGAAGGACCUGUCUGCAGCCUUCGACUCGGCCGGUGAUUCAGACGAGAACGUGCCACCAACUGUCAACGUUUCUAGACGCAGAGCAAAGGCGAAAGCCAAAGCCAAAGAAAACGUUAAAACGAGUUCAAAAGCUACUGCCAUCCGAAAAGAAGAAAAUCAGGAACAAGAGGAGAACGACGACGAAGAAGUCGUGCAGCUCUCGCUCAAAAAGAAGAAGAAGAAGAAGACAAAAAAGACGAUCAAAGCUGUGAAAAACCCUGCUACUCGUAUCAGUACUCGACACAAAAGGAAACGCAAUUAG